GAUCCUUUGCAGCAUAGGCAGAGGAGGCAGGAGCCCCUCGGGUGGGCUAGUUGCUUGAGCUGGGGAUGCCUGGGCAGAUGCUGAAGCAGCUGGAAAGGUGGCACCGCACUUGGGUCGCAGAAGCUGCCGCUGUUCCUAGGAGACGGAGAAGCAGCAAGCCUGCGGGGGAGGGGGAGCAAGUGGGUUGCUGCUUUUAGCAGCUGAAAGGACUGCAGGGAGCUCUGGGUAAGACAUUUUCUAAGGCUGCUGCUUCUGCGGUAGAAACUGCCGCGAGUAAGUCAGAGGAAGGAGGAUCGAGAGGGAGGAGGCUUCAGUUGCAGCCAUGCUGAAUCACUGUUGCUGAUCAGAUCUCCCGCUGGGCUGCUGGGAGAACUGAGAACAGAGCUAGAAUCGCCAGGUAUAUGCACUGUUCAGCGGCUACCACCCCUGCUGGGCCUCGCACAAUGGAGGGUGAAAGCGUCAAGCCAAACUCCCAGCCACUGAUGCAGGCCGGGGAUGAUGAGAAGAACCAGAGGACAAUCACUGUCAACCCAGCCCACAUGGGGAAGGCCUUCAAGGUUAUGAAUGAGCUGCGGAGUAAGCAGCUGUUGUGUGACGUGAUGAUUGUGGCAGAAGAUGUGGAAAUAGAAGCCCACCGUGUGGUCCUGGCAGCCUGCAGUCCCUACUUCUGUGCCAUGUUUACAGGUGACAUGUCUGAGAGUAAAGCCAAAAAGAUUGAAAUCAAGGACAUGGAUGGGCAUACGCUUAGGAAGCUGAUUGAUUACAUCUAUACUGCAGAAAUCGAGGUGACUGAAGAGAAUGUGCAGGUGCUGCUCCCAGCAGCCAGCUUGCUACAGCUCAUGGAUGUUCGGCAGAACUGCUGUGACUUCCUGCAGUCUCAGUUGCAUCCCACCAAUUGCCUGGGCAUCCGUGCGUUUGCAGACGUACAUACCUGCACCGACCUUCUGCAGCAGGCCAAUGCCUAUGCAGAGCAGCACUUUCCAGAGGUGAUGCUGGGAGAAGAAUUUCUUAGCCUAAGUCUGGACCAGGUGUGCAGCUUGAUAUCCAGUGACAAGUUGACCGUUUCUUCAGAAGAGAAGGUGUUUGAAGCUGUGAUCUCCUGGAUCAAUUAUGAGAAGGAGACCCGUUUAGAGCACAUGGCAAAACUGAUGGAACACGUCCGACUCCCUCUCUUACCCAGGGAUUACCUAGUGCAGACAGUUGAAGAGGAGGCUUUGAUAAAGAAUAACAACACCUGUAAGGACUUCCUCAUCGAGGCCAUGAAAUACCAUCUGCUUCCACUGGAUCAGAGGCUCUUGAUUAAGAACCCCAGAACCAAACCCAGGACUCCAGUAAGCCUGCCUAAGGUCAUGAUUGUGGUUGGCGGCCAAGCACCCAAGGCAAUCCGCAGCGUGGAGUGCUAUGAUUUUGAGGAGGACCGGUGGGAUCAGAUUGCAGAGCUUCCAUCCAGGAGAUGCAGAGCAGGUGUGGUGUUCAUGGCUGGCCAUGUGUAUGCCGUGGGCGGGUUUAACGGCUCACUGCGGGUGCGGACCGUGGAUGUGUACGAUGGUGUAAAGGACCAGUGGACGUCCAUUGCCAGCAUGCAGGAGCGCCGGAGCACACUGGGCGCAGCUGUGCUCAAUGACCUGCUGUAUGCGGUGGGAGGCUUCGAUGGCAGUACUGGCCUAGCGUCGGUGGAAGCCUACAGCUACAAGACCAACGAGUGGUUCUUUGUGGCCCCGAUGAACACGCGGAGGAGCAGUGUGGGUGUGGGCGUUGUGGAGGGGAAGCUGUAUGCCGUUGGGGGUUACGAUGGGGCCUCCCGUCAGUGCCUGAGCACCGUGGAGCAGUACAACCCAGCGACCAAUGAGUGGAUAUAUGUGGCCGACAUGAGCACCCGCCGCAGUGGUGCAGGGGUUGGAGUGCUCAGUGGACAGCUGUAUGCCACAGGUGGACAUGAUGGGCCCUUGGUGAGGAAGAGUGUUGAAGUUUAUGAUCCUGGAACAAACACCUGGAAGCAGGUGGCAGACAUGAACAUGUGUCGACGCAAUGCAGGGGUCUGCGCAGUGAAUGGGCUCCUGUAUGUGGUCGGAGGAGAUGAUGGAUCCUGCAACCUGGCAUCGGUGGAGUACUACAAUCCUGUCACCGACAAGUGGACGCUGCUGCCAACCAACAUGAGUACCGGGCGGAGCUACGCAGGUCUGCCUUCCAGCUCCACCCACCCUGGGCUGGGGAGGGGAGGAGGAGACUUGAGCUUGCUUAACUUGGGUCUGAGUGCCUCCUCCUGGGUGGCAGGUGUUGCUGUGAUCCAUAAGUCCUUGUGACCCAAACUCCCACUGCCAGGAGGAGGAAGGAGCGGGAGCCCGUGACUUGGAGCUGCGGGACCAUGACGACUGGAUUUGACUCACUGGGAGGGUCUGAGAUGGCGCGAGCACGACCCUUUCCCAUGGUGCAGUCUCUGUCAGUGUGGACGCUGGUGACCCACCUCCUACUCCCCUGAGGUGCUUUGACCUCCACCCUGAGCCGUGGAGUUCUGGACGACUCAGCAGCACCUUUGGGCUUUUUUUUUCCUUGUUGUUUCUACAGAGACAACAGAGAACCUAGAGUGUGUGUGUGUGUGUGU